AUGGAAAGUAAUGAUUAGCACAUCAAAAUCAAUGAAAAUUGUUCAAGUAAAAUAUUGGUGUUGAAGCGUACACAAUAUACCAGAUGUGCAUGAUGUUAAAUCAUUAACUUAAAUUAAUCUUAUUAUCAGAUCAAUUGAUUGAAUCAUAUUUACACAACUAUUCAAGAUUUGUACAAUAUUAAUGAAUAUUAAUUAAAAAUAUAUUUUGAAUUAUUAUAAGUCAUCAAAGUAAUGAUUGUUAAUAUUGAGGUCAUGAUUUAGUUUGUCCAAUUGAUAUUCAUGAUUUUUUUGAGGUAACUUAGAUUAUUUUUAAAUGAAAAAUUAUUAUUUUUCUUUCAAGAUAUAUUCUUGGUUCUAUUUUAACAAUAAAAAAUUCUUAUUGGACUCAUUAGAAUGUUAGUGUUUUACGGCUAUAUUGUAUUAGUUUUUCUUAGAGGAUACCUGAAGUUUUAAAGGUCAUAUUGUAUUGAGUUUCAACUAUUCGAAAUUCUGACGAAUUUUGCUUUUUUAAUGUUCAGAAAUGAAAAUAAGAGAUUUUUUCGAAUGAAAUUUCUUUAUAAUUUGAGCCUCUCCCUUAUGGCUAAUUAGUUAUGAAUAAUCACUUCUGACAUUUCUAUCAUUCUUUUCCCGUCCAUCCAUAUCUCACAAUCACUUAUUUCUACCGUCUGAUUGGCGUGUUGACUAUUAUUUGGAAGAUACAGCCGUUGACCCUCGGGGAGGGAGCUAGAGAGCCACUUGAGGUACGGCGCCUGCAUGGGUUUGCAUGGUGGCUCUCGAGGGGUUAUGAAGAAGACGAGGAGAAAGAAGAAACGUUUCAAGCCGCUUAGACUCCGAGGUUAAAAGGAGACCGAAUACAACCGCGGGGUAUUCUUCUGGCGUCUUGGAUUUUAUUUCUACAGGUUUCACCAGCUGAUCGGAUCCCCUCCCCGCGCCCGUAGUCAACGUCUCCGGCAAGCAGAGUCGGCGAACAGGCGGCGCCACCGGAAGUGUUGGCCUUUCAGAGGAGGAAGAAGAAGCCGGUGGCCAUGGCGAUGCCGGCGGCGGCGGGAUAUGUGACCUUGGUGGUGAAGGCUCCGCUGCCGUCGGCGGCUCCCUCCGGCACGGCAGCGGUGGAGGGCGAGGUGGCGGCGGCGACUGA